UGGCGCUAGAUUGUCAACAUUAAAACGAAACAAAAAAAUGUGUGCGCGAUCGAAAGUAGAAUCGGUACCAAACCCGAACACUGUACAGUACAUUCUAGCAAAAUGCAUACAAACUAAUUUAUAUGAAUAACUAACCAGAAGAUGUUCCACAGCAGCACACAACGAAAAUUCUGGACUUUCCAUUCAGAAGAACAGCUUCUUAUUCUCCGCAAGGAUGGAAAUCAAGACUUCAUCACAAAGCACGAGCAUAGAUGCAAGAGUGAAGAUCCUUUUUCUUACUUUUUAACAGAGGCAGAGGAACGUCUAAUUUGUCGACAUUAUGAACACUUAUUACGAGAUUUAUGUCGUAAUUUUGAACCACCAAUGCCAAGUGCUGUAAUGGCAACAGCUUGUGCAUAUUUGAAGAGAUUCUAUCUACAAAACUCGGUGAUGGAUCAUCAUCCAAAGUAUAUAAUGCUGACAUGUUUAUAUCUUGGCUGCAAAGUAGAGGAAUUCAACGUAUCUAUUGUACAGUUCUGUGCCAAUGUACAGGAUGACCCGGAGAGGGCCGCAGAGGUCAUCCUCACUCUCGAGCUACUUGUUAUGCAGUCUCUCAACUUCCAUCUCACAGUUCAUAACCCUUACCGACCCCUGGAGGGUUUUAUUAUUGACCUCAAGACACGUUAUACUUCUUUGCGUAAUCCUGAUCAACUCCGACAAGGAGCUGAUGAAUUUCUCCAUCGCUGCAUUGCUACAGAUGCUUGCCUUCUCUUCACACCAUCCCAGAUAUCACUGGCAGCCUUGGUAACUAGCGCUUCAAAAUCUGGUAUCAACAUAGACAGUUAUGUUACUGAUGUUCUACUUGGACCUGAAAAUAGAACUGGUUUAAGAGACACUGUUAAUACUAUUAAAAGGAUGAAGUGUCUUGUGAAGAAUAUAGAACCUUUAAAUCCAGAAAUAAUUAAAAAACUGGAAAGGAAAUUGGAAAAGUGCAGAAACCAAGAGCUAAAUCCAGAUAGUGAAAUAUAUAAACAGAAAUUACAAGCUAUGCUUGAUGACGAAGAAGAAGCAGUAUCUAUGAAAAGAGACAGAGAAGCCAAGGUUUGUACUGUUCAAUUACAGUCACGCUGCCCUCAAUGUCUACCGCCCUCUACAUAGGCUACGGUCAC